AUGGACCAUCUUCCAGAGAUCAUAGAAGUAUGCAACAGAGAAACAGAGAUUUAUCCACUUUGGUUGUGUCCAUAUAACCAGCCAUCCUGUCCUGGAAUGAUUCGACAGCGAUCUGGGAGAAAUGUGCUGUUCGUCAAUGUGGGUGUAUACGGUGUCGGCAAAGAACCCUCAAAACUCAGCAUCAGGCGGUUAGAAGAAGCUGCACGUACUGCGAAUGGAGUGAAAAUGCUACAUGGAGGUACGCAGAUGAGCAGAUCCGAAUUUUGGCAAAUGUUUGACUCAUCGUUAUACGAAUGGCUUCGUGUAAAGUACAAUUGCAAAGACGCGUUCUUAGACGUCUAUGAUAAAGUGUGCCAAGCUGUAAACCACUAA